AUGGCUAGGCAACAUGCUGCACGACCUGAGAAGCGUCACCUGGUGCGCUGGAAUGAUGAGAUGGACAAGAAGCUGCUCUUGGCCAUGCAGUACCAAUGCAACCUUGCAGGCCUCGCCGUACCAUGGACCGGGAUUGGCAGCAUUAUGGGAGAAGGGAUCACCGGAGGUGCUGUGAUACAACACUUGGCCAAGCUUCGCAUCCGCAUGGUCACCCAAGGCCUCUCUGUCCCACCUCCAUUGAGACGUGGAGGCGGUAGUUCCCGAAUUUCGACCUCUGCCUCAAGUGGCUCGAAGGCGAAGGCUACUCCGACCAAGAACGGCAACGCGCAACCCAUUCCAAACUCAACCAAGUCUACUCCCGCGAAGCCAAAGAUGGCGGGAAAGAAAGCUGCUCCCGGCUCCGAUGAAUCCGAGGAGGAAGAGGGUUCUUGGAACAUCGAAGACUCGGACGAGGAAUACGGAAAGCCUCGUGCUAAGCGUGCCAAGUCUGAUACCAAGGGUCCGAUGCGACGUAAGAUGAAAACGGAGGAUAGUGACGAAGAGGAGGAUACUCCUCCCAGAGCUCCCAAGCGCAAGCAUCAGAGCUCCAAGUCCUCUUCUCGCGACCUUUCUGCGUACGGAACAACUGACAUCAAUGGCAAACCCAUUGACGACUACAGCGAUGUCGAAGAUGAUACCAAGGAUGACAUUGUCGCCGCUGGCGCCCCUUGGCUGGCUCUCGAGGAUGACUACGUCAGCCAUCCCGAGACUGGAAAGAAGACUCCCUACAAGAAGAAUAGCUUGGUAGUAUCUCUGCCAACGACUCCUUACAAGACAAGCGCGGUAGGAGCCAUCAAGAAGGAGGAUACAGGCGACAUGAGCGAUGACGAGAUCGAUGAGGGGAGCGAUGACGAAGUGGUAGGCGGUAGAGUCGAGAAUUAUGCCGACGGUUCUCGUGUCUUCAGCAACCAGGACAUGGAUCACGAAUUCUCCAAUUCUCCUUACAACCAAAGCUUCGAGGAUCUUGCUGCAGCUCAAAUGGAACCAGCAUCCGGCACAACAAAUCACAUUGGCAUGUACAAUAACUUGUACCACGGUAGGCCACAGGUCAUGCCAUCCAACGGAGAUUCGUACCAAGGUCGUCAGGCUUUUGUAGAUGCCUACAACAACGACUACAACGAUCCUUCAGUCUUCCAAGCAUCCGCUGGUAUGUUCGAGAAUGAUGGAUUGGGUCAGACUCAGGGAAUGGAGCAGUCCGAAGGGUUCGGGAGCAGCGAUGGGGGGAACUUUGCCUUGGACCAGAUCUCCACCAACUUCAACCCACAGAGCGCUGGCGGUUUCGGAGACAUGAAUAGUGGAUUCAUUGGAGCCUUCGACAACAACGGAGGUGUCGAUACCGAUUCGUUUGGAAAUGGCGCAAUGUCCAAUGGCAUCGUUCAGCCGGAUGCUUUUGCUUACCAGACCGGCAAUGGCUAUGGUGCAUCUUCCAACGCAUCCUUCGGCAACAGAGUUGGCGGUCUUCAUCUCUCCAAUGGUCACAGCCACUCCCAGAAUAUUCCCUAUGCCAUUCAAACAUCGUGGCCCAGCAAUUAUAGCUCAGCGGGAGCAUCCAACGGUACAUCGGUCAACCAGACUCCAGCCGGUACAUCAGCUGGAGUGGAUGUCGGCACGGGAUACUUUAGCAAUGGCCAUUUUGAUCUCGGAUCCUUUGACGAUACCAGCACUGACUUCUCCGCAAACGAUGGCGCCGCGGGACUCUUCAAUGUGGGUCACUUCGAUGGUAACUUCGUCGGUGAUGGCAUCUUCGGAAACGACCCUUAUGGCAACUGA